AGAUUUUAAAUGAAACUGAAAUGAAAGUUCACUUCCUCAUUGCAGAUACCUCAUGUGACAAGUUCCAAUUUCUUUUUAAAGUCAAUUUGACUGAAGUUUCCUUGUUGCCUCUGAACUCUUUGGAGAGAGCUCACAAAUUCAAGGACUCUUACCACGGGAGCACCUGCUGGUUCUAUCAUAAUGAAAAGGCUGGUUUGGGUGCUCUUGGCGUGCUGCUCUGCAAUGGCACAACUGCAGAAAGAUCCUACCCUGGAUCAUCACUGGCGGCUCUGGAAGAAAACCUAUGGCAAGCAAUACAAAGAAAAGACUGAGGAAACAGUACGGCGUCUCAUCUGGGAGAAGAAUCUAAAGUUUGUGACAUUACACAAUCUGGAACAUUCAAUGGGAAUGCACUCAUAUGAUCUAGGCAUGAACCACCUGGGAGACAUGACCAGUGAAGAAGUAGUGUCUUUGAUGAGUUGCCUGAAAGUUCCCAGCCAGUGGCAGAGUAAUGUCACUUAUAAGUCAAAUCCUAAUCAGAAAUUGCCUGAUUCUCUGGACUGGAGAGAGAAGGGGUGUGUAACCGAAGUGAAAUACCAGGGUUCUUGUGGUGCUUGCUGGGCUUUCAGUGCUGUGGGGGCUCUGGAAGCACAGCUGAAGCUGACAACAGGAAAGCUGGUAUCUCUCAGUGCACAGAACCUGGUGGAUUGCUCAACUGAAAAAUACAGGAAUGAAGGCUGCCAUGGUGGCUACAUAACAGAAGCUUUCCGAUACAUCAUUGAUAAUAACGGCAUCGACUCAGAAGCUUCCUACCCCUACAAAGCGAUGGAUGGGAAGUGCCACUAUGACUCAAAAAAUCGUGCUGCCACAUGUUCAAAGUACACUGAACUUCCCUAUGGCAGUGAAGAGGCCCUGAAAGAAGCUGUGGCCAGUAAGGGGCCUGUAGCUGUUGGUAUAGAUGCAAGUCAUCCGUCUUUCUUCCUCUACAGAAGUGGUGUCUACUAUGACCCAGCCUGUACUCAGAUUGUGAAUCAUGCAGUACUAGUGGUUGGCUAUGGAAACCUUAAUGGGAAAGACUACUGGCUUGUGAAAAACAGCUGGGGCCUCAACUUUGGUGAACAAGGAUAUAUUCGGAUGGCAAGAAAUAGUGGAAAUCAUUGUGGGAUUGCCAGUUUUCCGUCUUACCCAGAAAUCUAGAGAAUCUCUUCAUUUUAUAACAAGAAAAGAAAGAUGAAACCAUUUCUCUUAAUUUUAUCUGCUGUAUCCAAAGGAAAUAAGUGUGACAUGAUCAAUGUAUAUUUACUAUGCUAAUUAGAAAAUAUAGUUUGACUCUUCACUUUUUAACUUGGCAGAUGUUGGGGAAAAAGUUUGCUAAGUAAAUUAAUAAUACACUAUAGAUAUAAUUAUGAGAAUUGUUCAACCUAAGACAGUCUGUGUUUGUCAUUGUUUUAUUUUAUACUCUUUGUCUUUUUAAGUGCCCUAGUAGCCUUUUGUAACUUAAUGGCCUAAAAGUGCUUAAUAAAUCUGUCAUUUCAAAUUUCUCUCAUUGCCACAUACCAUUCUGAUUCUUAGGUAACUAUUGUAAUCUAUCAUGAGAAUGUUAAUUGUGGUAUA